CCUACAACUCACAGCAGAGUCUAAACCAACUGUGUCCUGCAGCAUCUCUCCUUGCAAGCAGUCAGAAUGGAGUUUCACUACGCCACCGAGAUGAACGGAAAUGUGGCCAAGGUCUCUAGAUUGAGCAAGUGCAUUGAGUCUAAACAGGGUGAUUUAGAGGAGAAAGCCUCAAAAGAAUCUGAAGUUUUAACCAAGACGUCUUGCAUAGAGAAAGCUUACUGCACGAUACUGAGCGAGCUUGGAGAGAACACUGAGCGGGAGGGGCUUUUACGCACACCGUUACGCGCAGCCAAAGCCAUGCAGUUCUUCACGACAGGCUACCAGCUGACGAUCAAAGAUAUCUUGAACGACGCAAUCUUUGAUGAAAACCACGAUGAGAUGGUGAUUGUCAGGGACAUCGAUUUGUUCUCUCUGUGUGAACAUCACCUGGUGCCCUUCUUUGGAAAGGCUCACAUAGCAUAUCUCCCAAACAAGAAGGUGGUGGGUCUGAGCAAGCUCGCACGAGUUGUAGAGAUCUUCAGCAGGAGGCUUCAAGUUCAGGAGCGUCUAACCAAACAGAUUGCAGCAGCUAUACAUGAGGCCCUGGAGCCUGCUGGAGUGGCAGUGGUGAUUGAAGCCGCUCACAUGUGCAUGGUGAUGAGAGGUGUGCAGAAGAUGAACGCCAAGACUGUAACAAGUGUCAUGCUGGGAGCAUUCCAAACAAAUGCCGAGACCCGGGAGGAGUUUCUGUCCCUGGCUCUGGGGAAAUGAAUGCUUCUGAUCUCAGAGAGCAAGUCCUCAGGGGAUAAGUCCACUUUUAUUUUGUUUUACCGUGCAACACCGCUACAGUUAGUUUUAAAAACCUACAUUCACUGACCUUAGCUCAGAGACUGACAGAUGUACAAUCCGUUUUACCAUUAUGCACGGCAGCUAGCUGUUUUUUUCUUUGGCUCCUCUCUGCACAGAAUAACUUGAUCCAGUUGGUUUCUGGUUGUGUUCAGGUGCCACUUUUACUGGUCUUUGCAACCCCCAUAGACUGAAUAGGCAACACCUUGAAGAUGGAGGGAGGGGGAGGUGUCUGUGGUGAAACAUUUGUUUGGGUCUGUGAUGCUAGUGCAACAUCUAGUUGCAGUGAAUAUCAUAUAAAUAACUUUUAAAGUGAUGUGUAAUUGGUGUUUCAAUCAUAUUUCACACUGUUAGAAUUAAGAUUUUAUUACAAUGAUUUAAGUUUGAAAAAUUUUAAUUUGUUUUAUGCUGGAAUGUGGAAUAAUAUACUUAUUAUUUGCUGAAGAAACAAUAUGAACCUAUGCUAUGGUGCUAUAUGGUGCUAUGUUUGAUCACGAUGAAUUGUAUUUUCAAAACAUUUUGAAAUAUUUAUCUGUCUGUACAGUCAAAUUACACAGAUCAAUAAAAAUGAUAACUUUCUGCCUA